GACAAACUUUAGAUUCAAAGAGAUUAAGAGUUUGCAUGAAAAAGAAAAGAAAAAUAUACAAAGAAAACGUACAUAACAGAAAGGUAUCAAAGAACUGACGUCUUUUAACGUCAAAUAGCUGCGUCAUGAAUGACGUUGUCGCUAUAGUUAAGCAACAUUGACCCAUUGUUGGAUAUGUUAUAUGCAGCAGUGAACCACUAUGGAGAAAAAAAUCAUGUUUCUGAGUAGAGUUAUGCGAAAAUGAACGAAGAAAAUUUAACAGUAAACAAAGUGCAAGAGCUGGCUUUGAAUGUAAAUCAUCUGUUGUGGCCAACAUCUAUGAAACAGUCAUACAUCCCUACAUCAUUUGCACAAGCGUCAUGUGGCAUGUCCAGUAGUAAUCAGCAUACUGUACCGUCCAUGCUAACAGCAGAGGUGACCGUCUCGGAAAUGCAAAUAUCCCGAUAUGAAUGCAUAGGGACAUGUAAAUCGUCUGGAGCCAUAUGGAUGACACAAGCCUCAAAGUCAGCUACCACUUUCUCACACAACCACACAGAUAUUGACGACAGUAUCAUGGACUUAAAGCGUCAUUUUGACAUGCAAGAACUGAAUGCAAAUAGAAAAUAUUGCAAAGCGAUUGCAACCACAGCUGCAAUGAAUGGAAAAGAUGACACUGCAGUAAAAAGUGUUUCUGGAAAUAACCUCAAAAGAAAAGGAAAAUUUGAAGAAACCACUGAAGUUGGAGCCCUAGAUAAGAAUGAUGCCAGUCAUGACAACAGCUUGAAUAACAAAAUGUCCUUUGUUGUUAACAGCAAACAAAUUGGAGACAGUGGUGACACCCACUUGAAGCACCCUGAUAAAGACCUUGUUGUUUCUAAUGCUAUCGGCCAUCGCGAUGAUACUGAAUCUGAAGUCAAUAAACCAAUAAGGCAGCUCGGUAAGCCAUACAAAAAAGCAAGGAGGAAAACUAAAGAGAAGAUUCUAAUGAUGCCAGCAUGUAAAAAUGUUGGAAAGCCCGUUUUCGAUCCCGAGGUAGGCGACAAUUCGAUUAUUGAUCCAAAGGUGAAUGGAAAUGUUGGACUCUUGGAAUUACUAGUGGAUCUGAAUGAUCAGAAGGUGAAUGGAAGUUUUGGAAAAAUUGACUUACUGACAUCACCUUGUACAUUUGACCUCCAGAAAAUUGAAGAUGUACUUAGACUGAAAUUUCACACGUCAGAUACUAGAGGAAAACCCUUCUUGAAUGUCAAGAGUGCACAAAAAAUGAUACUGGAAGAGUUAAGACAAGACCAAAUGGAUCUGAAUGAUCCCGUUGUGAGUGGAAAUGUUGGACAUUUUGAAUUACUAUCAUCACCUAGUAUGAUGAACCUUCAGACAACUGAAGAUGCCCAAAGACAGAAUAGUAAUGUAAAAGAUGUUGGGGUUUUCCGCACGACAUAUCUUAGUACAGAAACCCGUCUGAAUUAUAAAAAUGGACAGAAACAUAAACGAGAAGAAUACAAACACGACCAUAUGAAUAUAUGUUAUUCCAGUCAUGAUACGCCAAAGGAUACUGACACUGAUGCCAUGGAAGUUCACAGACUCAAUCACAGUCUUACUAGAUGUGAUAACGGAAAAGUGAUGGAAGAUACCGAUCUUACUGUCAACUCAUCUGAUGCCAGAACAGAUGACAUCCACAUAUACGCAGAUAACCGAUUACAUGUAGUAGAGGAGCUUGUUGAGACCAACCAGGAUGGAAGCGAUCCUAACCUUUAUGCAGCUUCUCAGAUCAUUGAAGAAAGUCCGGAAGCAGAUGGCGAAGACCGUGGCCAAGAAAGAAAUGAGAGCUCCAUUACCUGCAGUGAUUUUAACACUCAGAAUGACACGGCUGACUCUUUUGCACAUCUCGACGAAUCCCAGGCCUUUGGUGAUGAUUCAGUGUUUGGCAUUCUUGGAGUCUAUUGUCGCAGUGGACUGCAUUGCUGGCACAGACAAGCUGUAGAAGAGGACUAGAGAUAAAAGUAAAAGAGAGAGAAAUGCUGUUAUUUGGUUUUAGUUUUGAUCUUGUAAAUAUUUGUGAUUACAUUAUUAAUUUUCUGAGA